AUGGCGGACAGCGACACCGAGACUCAGGAUGACUACUACUCGGUCCUCGGGAUCUCCAGCGCGGCCUCUGUCAAGGACAUCAAGCGUGCCUUCCGCGUCAUCGUCAAGGAUCACCACCCAGACAUCUCCAUGGACGAGGAGGCCACCGACUUUCAGAUCUUCCUCAAUGAUGUUUACGAGACGCUGAUGGACCCGGAGAAGAGGGCAGAGUACGAUGCGAUCUCGGGGUUCCAGCUGGGCGGCACCAAUCCCUUCCGCGACGUGCAUGCUGAGCGCGACCAGGUGUUCGUGGAUGAGUUCUCGUGCAUCGGCUGCCGCAACUGCAACAACGUCUGCCCCCGGACCUUUGAGAUGGAGGACGAGUACGGCCGCGCCCGAGUGGUCGACCAGGGCCUGGACACCGGUGAGCAGAUCGCUCUCUUGAUUUGA